CGGCUUAGAUAGCGCUAAACUCGAUGUGGGAAAAAAGUCCAGAUCGUCCUCGGCGCCAAGCUCCUUAUCUUGCAUUGUGAUACCUUCCCGAGCCGAUGUGAUGAAUGACGGAGGGGGUUUUAAUAAAUGCGUCUCCGCUGAGGAGCAACGUCUCCCUUACAUGUAUUUGUCUCUUGGAAAAUCACCGGCCUGAAGCUGUCGACCAUCGCCAUGGCAGACUCUGUGCUCAAGGACUGGGCGGAUUGCGACAGGACAGACACGCUCUUCAUCGUCGUCUGUACUUGCAUUUGCUGGACCAUUGUCCCCACGGUCGGCAUCGCGUAUGGCGGUUACUCGUGGAAGCGGAAUGGCCUCUCCAGCGCCAUCCCCGCGCUACUCGUCAUCAUGACCUGUUCGAUCCAGUGGUGGAUUGUCGGCUACACGCUGGCGUACGGCGACGGGGGCUCCAUUGUUGGGAACUUUGCCCAUCUCUUCCACCGCGGCGUGCUCGCUCAACCCAUCGGCACGAUUCCCGCGCUGCUUUUCAGCCAGUUUCAGCUCGUCUUCGAGGCCACCGUGUGCGCCAUUGCCGUCGGCGGCUUCUGCGAGCGUGCGAGGUUGCUGCCCGUGGUGCCAUUCAUCUUUCUUUGGUCGACGUUUAUUUAUUGCCCUCUCGCACACAUGGUCUGGGGUGGGGGUUUUCUCGGGGAGACCCUUGGGGCCCUCGACUUCGCUGGAGGAACGCCCGUACACGUCUGCUCCGGUGCCACAGCAAUGGCGCUCAGUCUGUACCUCUCGUAUCCGAUCUUCCGCUCUCGUAGGUCCGACGUACGCACCCCCACGCACAUCCGCCUCCAUCGCCCCGGCAAUUCGUUCUACCAAUUGCUGUCCAUGAUUAUUAUCUGGGGCUCGUGGCUUGCCUUUGACGCCGGCACGACUCUGACGCUCUCGUUCCAAUCUCUCAUGGCUCUCGCGGUGACUAACCUGUGCGCUUCGUCUGGGGCCUUGACGUGGGGGUUGAUGAAUUACUUCGAAACCGGACGCUGGUCCAUCGACUCCAUCUUCAUGGGCGCCAUCUCGGGAUUGGUUAUGAUUACACCGGCAGCUGGCUUCAUCGAUCUCACCACCUCGUUCUUCUUCGGUAUCAUCGGCGCGAUGCUCUGUCGUCAGGCUCUACGUAUCAAGUUCACCGACUGGGCGAGACGCUGGAGGUGGGUCGACAACGCCGAUACCUUUGCUACGCACUGCGUGGGUGGUAUUGCGGCCACCAUCUGCACCGGAUUGUUUGCGCAAAAGAAGGUCGCAGCGUACGGCGAGGUCGACAUUGUAGGCGGUGUUUUCUUCGACGGCAACGUGAAGCAGCUUGGGAUACAAAUCGCCGAGGCUACAAUUGGUUUCAUUUGGGCCGGUGCAGGCUCGUUCAUUAUCAUUGCUCUGAUUGACUGUGUUCCUGGUCUUGAGGUCCUGGCCACAGACAAGCACAUUGCAGCUGGGCUUGAUACCCACGAGACUGAGGAGACAUUGUGCGACUACCAACAUCCCGAUGAGGACGACUAUUGCCCCCUUGAUGGCGGAUCACUGGAACUGGAAUGAGCCACGACAAUGUAACCGACUAUAUUGUAAGAUUAGGAGCCAUUACACAGCGCUCAAUUAGUUACUCCUUUCCCUCAUAGAAAAGGCCAUGCCACACUUCGUGCACUCGCGCAUAGUCCCUUGACGCGACCAAAGUCCGUCGCCGUGGGCUGAGAGG